ACCCGAAACCGGAUAUUACCAUGAAACUAGGGUCAGAAGUUCUCUCUUACAGCCAUCUUGGAUAUAGCGUCCUGAGUCGCAACCAUGCCUGGUGAAGCCACAGAAACGGUCCCAGUCACCGAGCAGGAGAUGCAGCAGCCUCAAGUGGAGACUGCUGCAGAAGAAUUGAAUUCCUCUGCUCCUCCUGAGAUGGCUGUUCCUACAGUGAACAAGGCUAUCCCUCUGGAGAAUCCUCCAGAAACCUCUGUUCCUGCUCAAGACAUAGGUUCUCCAGAAGAGGCUAGCAUUCAGGCUACUAUUGAUCAGUCAAACGGUGUAGCUCCAACUCAAGAAAUGACAGAGCAAACUGAAGAGAAGGGGUUGGUGGCAACUGUCUCACAGCAAGAGGCAACUGCUGACCCAGCAGGGGAUGCAGCUGAUUUGCAAGUUCCUGAUGAGUCUGUGCCUUCCGCUCAAGCUCCUGUUGCGUCUCAAGCUGAUCAAGAAGCAGCUCCAACUGAAGAAGCCCAGAGUCAGGAAACAAAGGCCCCUGGAGAUGAACCUGGUGCAGUUUCAGAAAAAAAUCCUGAUGCUCCAAAACCAAAAGAUGUCAGCAUGAGCAAUGAAGAUGGGAAAAUAUCUGAUUCCCCAAAGUCUGCGAUAGAAGACCCGAGCAAUAUUUGUGCAGAUACAGCUGAAGUGUUGCCUGGUAGUGUGAAUGUCAGUGUGGCCACUCAAAAUGAAAAUCUUGACAAGGAAGAACCUGUUACACUGCUCUCAAAGGCCAUUCAGUCGAAGGGGACUUCCAAAUGUGAAGGCCCACCUCUUUCCACACGCCACCUGUCAGGAUCCGGCACUGAGUCAGACAGCGAUGAUUCAGUUCCUGAGCUGGAGGAACAGGACUCUGCACAGACACAGACACAGCAGGCUCAGCUUGCAGCAGCUGCCGAAAUAGACGAGGAGCCUGUCAGCAAAGCCAAACAGAGCCGCAGUGAAAAGAAGGCACGAAAGGCAAUGUCAAAGCUUGGUCUCAGACAGGUAACAGGGGUCACUAGGGUCACUAUUCGCAAGUCAAAGAACAUCUUGUUUGUCAUUACCAAACCAGAUGUCUACAAGAGCCCCGCAUCAGACACAUACAUCGUCUUCGGUGAAGCUAAGAUCGAAGAUCUUUCCCAGCAAGCCCAGCUGGCCGCUGCAGAAAAAUUCAAGGUACAGGGAGAAGCUGUAUCAAACAUCCAGGAAAACACACAGACGCCAACAGUACAGGAGGAAAGCGAAGAAGAAGAGGUUGACGAGACCGGAGUUGAGGUCAAAGACAUUGAACUCGUCAUGUCACAAGCCAACGUGUCGCGGGCGAAGGCUGUACGCGCCCUGAAAAACAACAACAACGACAUUGUCAAUGCUAUUAUGGAGUUGACAAUGUAAUGGGACCCUGGGAACGUAGGGUUGAAGAAAGAUUGCUGGUUUAUACAAUUUAUACCCAAGAUGGAAAUAAAGUUGUGGCUUGAUAAAUGAAA